UCUUCCUGCAUCCAUCCCCAUUCUCUUCGUCCCCGCCGGCGGCAACCCAAGCUACCAACCCUAAUCUGCACGGCGACCGACCACGCCGCAUCCUCCUGUUCCCGUUCCUCGAGGCCCCACGAAACUCUACCCCCUCUUCAGUUCAGCCAUGGAGUUGGAGGACGAAGCGAACGCCGCGGCGGUGGCGGCGGAGGAGGGCGCGGAGGCGCCGGAGGGGAAGACCUGGCGGCGGAAGGGGAAGCACGACAAGCCCAAGCCGUGGGACGAGGACCCCAGCAUCGACCACUGGAAGAUCGAGAAGUUCGACCCAUCCUGGAACGAGAGCGGCAUGCUCGAAGUCAGCUCCUUCUCCACCCUCUUCCCCCAGUACCGAGAGAAGUACCUGCAGGAGUCGUGGCCGAUCGUGAAGGGCGCAUUGAAGGAGCACGGGAUCUCGUGCGAGCUUAAUUUGGUGGAGGGAUCCAUGACUGUUUCGACCACCAGGAAGACCAGGGACCCCUACAUUAUUGUCAAGGCCAGAGAACUGAUAAAACUAUUGUCCAGGAGCGUCCCUGCUCCUCAGGCAAUCAAAAUUCUCGAUGAUGAGAUGAACUGUGACAUUAUAAAGAUUGGUGGCCUUGUAAGAAAUAAGGAACGAUUUGUUAAAAGGAGAGAACGCCUUUUAGGCCCUAAUUUAUCUACGCUUAAGGCCAUUGAGAUUUUGACUGGCUGCUACAUCUUAGUGCAGGGAAACACGGUUGCAGCCAUGGGUUCCUAUACAGGAAGGGGACUGAAACAAGUUAGAAGGAUUGUAGAGGAUUGCAUGAAGAAUGUAAAGCAUCCAGUGUACCACAUCAAGGAACUCCUAAUCAAACGCGAACUAGCCAAAAAUCCUGCUCUAGCCACUGAAAACUGGGAUAGGUUUCUCCCGAAGUUCAAGAAGAAGAAUGUCAAGCAGAAGAAGCCUCAAACUAAGGAGAAGAAACCAUACACACCCUUUCCACCACCUCAACAGCCUAGCAAGAUCGAUGCUCAACUUGAAACUGGUGAGUAUUUCAUGAGUGAGAAAAAGAAAUCAGCAAAGAAAUGGCAAGAGAAGCUGGAGAAGCAAUCAGGGAAAGCUGAAGAAAACAAAAGAAAGAGAGAGGCUGCAUUUGUUCCUCCAAAGGAGAAAACUGCAGGUCCAUCUGAAUCUGUCAAGACUGCCAAUGACAAUAGUGAGAUAGCUGAUAUAGCCAAGUCAUUAAAGGAAAAGGCAAAGGAAUUCAGAAAGAACAAGGCCCAAGAGAAUGUCAGAGCUGAAUCGUAUCUUGCAAGUAAUGAAGAACCACAUCCGAAAAAGAAGAAAUCAACCAAGUCCAAGUAACCAUAAUCUGUAUGCAUCAGACAGUGACAAGUGAGAAUGAUUACACGAGCCAUCCCUAUAAUUAGUUCAUUCAUGCCCGCAUCACUUUAGAGUGCAAGAGUUGCAAUUGAAGAUGAUGGAACAAAAAUUAAAACCUUCUGAAGGUCAGUUCUUGAUGCAAUAGUUGCUCUGCAUGGUUUGGUCUGUUCAUGGGUAUCUGUCAUCGGACCAAGGAACACAACAGAUUCGAGUGGUUCUGGCUCAUCACAAAAGUGAUCAUUUCGUCCCAUAUA